AUGGAAAAUUCGAAACCAUCCCCUGUAUUUUCAUUUCUUUCCAUUUUGGCCUUAUAUUUUUCAUUCUUCACCAUAACACCAACUUCUUCAGCUUCCUUACAAGAUCAAUUCAUCAGCUGUCUCCAAAGAAACACAAAUGUUUAUUUCCCACUCGAAAAUACGUUUUUCGCACCUGCGAAAAACGUCUCUAUGUUUAGCCAAGUCCUUGAAUCGACGGCUCAGAAUCUCCGGUUCUUGACAAAAACCAUGCCUAAACCAGGAUUCAUAUUCAAACCGAUUCACGAGUCUCAUGUCCAAGCUUCCAUAAUCUGUUCCAAGAAACUUGGGAUUCAUUUCCGUAUCAGAAGCGGCGGUCACGACUACGAAGGUCUGUCUUAUGUCUCGGAGAUGGAAAAACCAUUUAUAUUGAUGGAUCUAUCGAAGCUGAGACAGAUCAACAUUAAUAUUAAAGACAACACUGCUUGGGUUCAAGCUGGUGCAACGGUUGGUGAACUUUACUACAGAAUUGCUGAGAAGAGUAAAGUCCAUGGAUUCCCGGCGGGUUUGUGCUCGAGCUUAGGGAUUGGAGGGCACAUAACAGGUGGUGCAUAUGGUUCCAUGAUGAGGAAAUACGGUCUUGGUGCAGAUAACGUUCUAGACGCAAAGAUCGUUGAUGCUAACGGUCGAUUACUCGAUAGAGCCGCGAUGGGCGAGGAUACGUUUUGGGCGAUCAGAGGAGGCGGCGGAGGGAGUUUUGGGGUAAUCCUAGCAUGGAAGAUGAAACUUGUUCCUGUUCCUAGGACCGUGACCGUCUUCACCGUCACGAAAACGUUAGAACAAGACGUAGGAAACAAGAUUCUUUCGAAGUGGCAAGUAGUUGCGGACAAGCUUGUCGAAGAGUUAUUCAUCCGAGUGAUCUUCAACGUAGCUGGAAUCAACAGGAACAAGACAGUGACGACGUCGUACAAUGCUCUGUUUCUUGGAAACAAAGGCACAUUGAUGAAAGUAAUGAAGAAGAGUUUUCCGGAGCUAGGCCUAACACCGAAAGAUUGUACCGAAAUGAGCUGGCUCGAAUCCAUUGUUUACAUUUCCGGAUUCCCGAGCCGCACUCCUACUAGUGUUUUGCUUCAAGGGAAGUCUCCUUUCCCCAAGAAUAAUUUCAAAGCCAAAUCGGAUUUCGUGAAAACCCCGGUUCCCGAAUCAGGGCUUAAAGGGAUGUUCAAGAAGUUGCUUAAAGAAGAUAUUCCAAUGAUGAUAUGGAAUCCAUACGGAGGAAUGAUGGCGAAAAUCCCUGAAUCCCAAAUACCUUUUCCGCAUAGAAAAGGAGUCAUUUUCAAGAUUCAGUACGUAACGAGUUGGCCAGACAGCGACAAGAGACCGAGCAAGCACAUCAACUGGAUCAGAGAUCUGUACAAUUACAUGACGCCUUAUGUCUCGACGCAUCCACGACAAUCCUACGUGAACUACCGCGAUCUAGACCUUGGAAAGAACAAGAAAAACAUGAAAUCGAGCAUGAAACUCAAACAAGCUCAAGUUUGGGGAGCUAAGUACUUCAAAGACAAUUUCAACAGAUUGGUGAGGAUUAAAUCAAAGGUUGAUCCAUAUAACUUCUUCAGACAUGAACAGAGCAUCCCAACUCUACCUGUUCGAAGCUAA